AAAAAACAAACAAACAAAAAUCUGCGAGACUCGUCGGGGCCACCAAUUUUGUUCUUGUAACUGUUCUUUUUAAAACAAGAAGUUAUUAAUAAAAACGUUAUCUUUAUUCUGAACUAUCCGUGUAUCCGUGUUCCGUAUCGUCUUUCAUAUAAUAUGGCUGCCCCAGCUCCUGAGGAAGUGUUUGAUCAAGCUGAAGGAGAACAGUUUGAAGAUGAUGAUCUGGGCGAGGUGCAGAUUGAAACUUCUUCCGGCCGGAAGCGAUUGUUUAGCAAAGAAUUACGAUGUAUGAUGUACGGGUUUGGGGACGACCAGAACCCGUACACGGAGAGCGUCGAUUUGCUGGAGGAUCUCGUUGUGGAGUUCAUCACCGAGAUGACUCACCGUGCGAUGGAAAUUGGCCGCACGGGACGGGUGCAGGUUGAGGAUAUUGUGUUCCUGGUGCGCAAAAACUCCCGCAAAUACGCCCGUGUGAAGGACCUGCUGACGAUGAACGAAGAACUAAAGCGUGCCCGGAAGGCGUUCGAUGAGAUUAAGUACGCCGGUGCGGAAGCAAAGAUCAAAUAAUGACCCCAUUCCUUCCUACUUGUACUUUUCCUAUAGUUAUUAUUUUCUUUCAAUAAAUCAACUAAACAU